AUGAUCUAUUCAAUAUCGAUUCUAAUUGUAUCUUUCACAGUAAUAUUUUGUAAUGAUUUUGCUGAUUACAAUAUAGUUGGAACAACUGCUCAUGGAUGGGAAUUUGUACGUGAUUUAUUUUUAGAAAAUUUUAUAAAAGAAAAAGAUUUAGGUGCAUCUAUAGCAGUUUAUUAUCAAGGCAAUCCAGUGGUGGAUCUUAUCGGUGGAUGGUUUGAUGAAACACAAAUUAAACCUUACGAUAAUAAUACAUUACAGUUGGUAUUUUCUACGACAAAAGGUAUUGUAGCUAUGGCUGUUGCAAUUUGUGUGCAACGAGGUUUACUCGAUUAUUCAGCAUUAGUAACUAAAUAUUGGCCAGAAUAUGGACAAAAUGGAAAAGAAAAUACAACAGUAGCCGACAUAUUAUCUCAUCGUGCUGGACUUCCAUAUGUAUUAUCUCCAGUUGAUCAAUAUACUAAUUGGACAGCAAUGAUUCAUGAAUUAGAAGAACAACAACCAUUAUGGGUGCCAGGGACUACUCAUGGUUAUCAUUCAACAACUUAUGGUUGGUUAGCUGGUGAACUUGUUCGUCGUGUGGAUCCAAAAAAACGAUCAUUUGGGCAAUUUGUCAAAGAUGAAAUAACAACUCCAACACAAACAGAAUUUCAUAUUGGUCUACCACCUGAUAUGCAGGAUCGCGUAUCACCAGUUGUUCCACAAUUAGAUAUCAAAAACAUACUCAACGAGUCAAUGUUGACUUAUUUUGAAAUAUGGAAUGAUCCUAAGAUACAUCAAGCAGAAAUACCAAAUGCCAUUGGAAUGUCAACUGCCUGGUCGAUAGCACGACUCUAUGCAGCCUUCAUUGGGAAUAUCAAGAAUAAAUUCGGACAACGAUUGAUAGAGGAUGAAUUUAUGAGACGUGCAAUCAAGUCAAAUACACCUGCAAAUGAGAUAGAUCUUGUAUUUCAAUAUUAUUCUGUAUUUGCCAUGGGUUUUCAUCGAUAUGAUUACGCUCUUCCUGCUUAUGGUGUAGAUGUAUUUGGUCAUCAUGGAGCUGGUGGAAGUAUUGGUUUUGCCGCACCCUCGAAGAAUCUUACUUUUGCUUAUGUUAUGAAUCGAAUCCAAACGAAUCCAGCAAUCAUUAUUGAUCCUCGUAUGCAACUUAUGUUGGAUCAGAUUGCUGCAAGAAUUAAUUCUCAGUUCUUUUAA